AUGGUGUUAUAUGGAGACAUUUCUAACAUCAUCGAAAUAUAUGACAACGGGAAAAACAAAUCUAAUCUAUUAGUUAUCCGUUCAGACGGUCGUUACAGCGUUAUUAGUUAUCAACGUGAUUUCGUCACACUUCAAACGGGAAGUAUUAUCGGAACACAAGGAGUUCCAUGUGACUCACCAUAUAAAAUUUAUAAAAGUGGUUAUCAGCUCGUUAUUCAAGUUACUUCAACAGCAAUUCAAUAUUAUGAAAUUACACCAAGCUGUUUCUUAUCUUCUCCUAUUCCAUUAGCCAUUCCAUGUGUCAAAUUAAUCGAUUUCGUUGUUGUAAAUAUUAAUUCUUCUACAACAAAAGUCGCAGUUUUAUUUGAAGAUACAAAGAUGCAAAGGUAUGUCAAUAUAUACGUUCUUGAUCGUAAGAUUAACAGAUUCGACGAAGUUGAAUCGAAUACAACAGAAAAUGACGCUUAUCGAUUAAUUGCGAUUUCAGCUCAGAACAUUGUUGUUGUUACUACAGACAAAAUGAUCAGGAUGAAGGUUUCUUCACCUGAUACAGAGUCAUCUACAAUAUAUACUUCUCAUUCUCUUAAAAGAAUUUCGAUGUUAUCAGAAAAUACGGCUGUUGCAGUUGAUGAAGGCUGCAAUGUAUACUACUUAAGCUUAUCACCUUCAGGUAAGCAAUCUCUCACGCGUGUUUGCAGCGUAAACAGACCUUUAGUUCUCUCAGUUUUAGAUGAAACAACAGUUUUCUCAUUUUCAAAGUCAGGACCAUCGCACGUUAUACAUUUGGUAAAUUCAAACAAACCGUACGCCGUGGCCGAAGAAAUUUUGUUUUCUCAAGAAUCUUCAAGAAUUUUGCUCCAAAUGGACACGAAACGCGGUGAUUUCGUUAGUUUCGCACCGGAUGGAACUCUAUCAAUCAUAAGGAAGACUGUAGGUGUUAGAACUGAAGCAGAAGUCGAAAUUCACGGAAUUCAGAAAUCUUGGCUUCUCGAUCAGCAAACAGCGGUCAUAUCCUUCAUAGACCGCACACGUGCGUUAAAGUAUACAGGAGGAGAGAUUUCUAUCGCAAAUGUCAAAGGAUUAAUAACAGAUGAAUCAACUUUAGCUUUUUCAAGGUCAAAUGGCGGCUACGUUCAAGUUACACAGAAUGGUAUUAGUUUUAAUGGUAAAAUAACUAAAUGUGUCCAUAAAAACAUCUGCGCAUUUGCAUCUUCUGAAAUUACAGCAGUUUGCAACAUCCAAGGCACAAUUGUCCUUUACCAUUCGGAUAGCGGUAAGAAAUAUCAUACGCACCAGCUGAAUUCAGUACCAAAUAUUAUUGCCGCAAAUAAUAAUUUUAUUUCUGUUGUAUUUUGGCCAAGUUCUACACUAAUGAGAAUCCCAAUUGAGAAACCUAAUGAUGUAUUAGUAAUUCCUGAUAUCAAAGCUGUCGAUAUUUCUUGCUACGACGGUGCUUUCUUCGCUAUAGAUAACUCCGAAAGCAUAAUCGUUCUCAAAGAUGAAAAAAGUGACAAAGAGGAACUUCACUGCGAAGGUUUACAUACAACUUUGAGUGUGGUCGAUAACAAUUCAAUAUUUAUUAGUGGUGAAUAUCCAACAAUAGUUAAAGAUAAUUAUUUAUUUAGCUUGGAUUGUGCUGCAAAAGUGUCUGUCGAUGCAAUUGACAACACAAUCUUGUUUUGCGAUAACGAAAAAUUGUCCUGUGGUACAUUAUAUAGCCCAAGAUUCAAGGUAUCACCAAGAAAAACCAUGUCUCACGUUUACAAUGCAAGUCAAUUACCAAAUGGACAAUUUUUGUUGGUUUAUGAACACGAAGGCAGCCAUUAUGCAACACUGGCAGCAUCUCCAUUAGACACACCUGAUCAAAAUAACCAAGGAAGUAUCCAAUUGAACGGACCAUGCAAUUACAUCGUCGGAAUUACCCAGAAAGACCGAAAUAUCGUAUGUUUAGCUGUCAAUCAGACGAUUGUUCUCUGUGAAAUCGUUGAUGGCCAGCUAGAACAUCGAUCAAUCCAAAAAUUAGAGUCAAAACCACUUAGAUUGCUUGAAUUCCAAGGCUAUUUGUUGGUUUUGAAGCAAGAAGCAGUUGAUUUGUUCAAUAUUAUCUGCAGUUCAUUGACAGAUGUUAAGUUACAACAAAGAAUUUCUCAUUUCACUCUUGGAAAUUCGACAUCUGUCUGUGUAAUGGAUGAUUACAUGGCAAUAGGCGAUGCCCUUGAGUCUGUUGUCCUCUACAAGUUUAAUUCCAAGAAGGAACCUCCACUUUUUGAAGAAAUUGGCCGAAAUUGCGACAUUUUGUCGAUCACAGCUCUUUCAUUCUUCGGAGACACAGAGAAUGAACUGAUAGCAAGUGAUAACAGAGGCGCAAUUUUCUCUCUCGCGUUCUCAGGAACGAAAAACUACAUUUCCCAAGAAAUUUACAUCAAAAGAAGUUUCUCUAUUGGAACAAACGUUACUUCUCUUGUUCCUGAUGUACUUGGGAACUAUCUGUACACAACAUCUGAGUCAGGAAAGCAUUACAUCCUUGCAAAGAUACAAAAUGAUGAAAUGUUUGGUGUUUUGGAUCAAAUUUCAAGGAAAUUUAUCAGAUCUACUGGAAAUUUGAACCCGUACAUGUCAUCUAAAGUUGUAAGGAAUGGAAUUGUUCUUCCCCAGGGAUUCAUUGACUUGGAAGUUGUUGAAGAAAUCUCUAAUUUGUCUGAUGAAGAAUUAUCUAAGAUUUCUUCCGAAAUUAAUCCAAAAGAGUUACAUGAUUUCGCUAAUGGUGUACUCAACCAGAUGAUAUGA